CGUUUGUGCCGAAAGGAUUGCCUCGAUUCACGAUUGCCUCCGCAGCGCGACGAGGGCAGGGUCAUUCAGUCGAACCAAAACAACAGCCAUCCGCGGUCUCUCCUCUGGAAAUUCGCAGAAUCGACGCCGGCCACGGCAAAUUUCGGUGAUGCCGCUUGAUUUCUGAAUCCUGCGUGAAAUUUUUCUGGUCCAGAUAGAAGAGAAAUUAAUCCGACGAGCCGCAAUGGCAGGACUGAUAAGCAAGGAGUACCUCGAGUUCUUCACCGAGUUUGUCAACGACCUGAACGUGCAUGACCAGCUUCCCGUACCUGUGUCGGCCUACAAUGUCGACGACGAAGAGCUGGUCGGCGACUUCGUCAACUGGCUUCUGCAGUACCUCAACCAAAAACAUUGCCCUCUGGCUCUGCAGGCGCCCCUCGUCCGCUCCGUGGUCGACGAGAUGCUGCACUUCUGCAAGAAGGACCCCGAGGCGCACUCGCUCAGGGACGACAGCGGCCAGUUCAGCCAGCUGAGGCUGAUGCAGGCGUGCAUGGCGCGGGUCAACGCCCUGUGCGUCAGGUUGCACCAGGCCCCGGAGCUGUUCGUGCCGCCGCCGGCGCCCAAAUUCACCCCAGUGGCCGCUCAUGCUGUGAGGAGCAGCCAGCGGAGAGGAAUGGAGGACCGGCAUGUUGUAGUCAACGACUUCAAUGGGAUUUUUAACGUGCAGGAUGACACAACUGCAAGUUACUACGCCGUCUUCGAUGGCCACGCUGGAGCCGACGCAGCCGUCUUUAGUGCCUCCCAUGUUCACCAGUUCCUUGCUGAGAGCCAGUUUUAUCCUUCGAACCCUGUCCAGGCUUUGAAGGAAGCAAUUUUGCGCACAGAUAACUUGUACCUGAAAAAGGUAGCAGCAGAGCCACGAUAUCAGAGUGGCACCACGGCCCUGUGCACCCUCCUGAGGGGCAAGAUGAUGCAUGUGGCGUGGGUGGGCGACUCACAGGCUGUGCUGGUACGAAACGGAAAGGCUGAGUCAGUUGUAGAUCCGCAUAAACCAAAGAGACCUGACGAAGAGGCGCGAAUCAACGCGCAGGGCGGUGUCGUCCUCUUCCACGGCAUGUGGAGAGUUAAUGGACAGCUUGCUGUGUCCAGAGCAAUAGGCGAUGCCAAUUUCAAACCCUACGUGUGUGCUGAAGCAGAAGUACGAAGUAUACCCCUGCGAGUCGAAGAUGAAUUCCUAAUUAUGGCGAGUGACGGUUUGCUGGACUUUGUCACACCCCAGGAAGCUGCCUAUGCCGUUUUUCAACAACUUCGUGACAACCACGAAAACCUAAAUGCUGUUUGUUCUCGGCUGAUCAACCUUGCGAAGCAGAACGGCUCAACAGACGACAUCUCAGUAAUCGUCAUCUUCCUUGGUGACCCGCAAGAGCUAGCCAAGAAACCCGCAGGCUACGGCAUGGACUCGCAGGACCUGAUCGACGCCGCGCCCGCGUCACCCCCACACGUCAACGGCAACAACCAGUGGCGCAACCCGUACAGUUUCGAACAGACCGGACAAAAGCAGCCGCUCGCCCUGCACACCUUCGGACGCAAUGACCUCGACCUCGGCCCCGAGACCAACAUCGACAACAUUGGAGACUCUGACGACGAGGACGAGGAAUUGAAAAUCAUUCAGCAGCAGAGCUCUCGGUACGACGGAGCCAGGGACCCCCAAGAGGACACACCAACCCCGCCUGCUGACCAGGCUGGAAGUGCUGAUGCUGCAUGCGGAUUGGACCCUGACGCUGACAAUGAGAGCGAUUCUGACGGCGACGAAGACUGGCAGUACAUCAAAGUAGAGCCCAGCAAAGAGGAGCCGUGCGAGCAGUUGCUGCCUCAACACCAGGCCGAGCAGUUGCCGCUGCCCGUUGACCCCGAAGAGGAGAAGAAGGACGAGCCUAAGCCGGUGCUCGAGGACGAACUCCUCGCCGGUCUCGUCCAAUCGCAGGACAAUCUUCAACUUGAGCAGCUCAAGGAUAACUUUGAGUUCAGUCUGGAAGUUGAAAACAAGCAGAGCUCCGAACUGCCCGCCGAGGAGCUGCAGUUCGAGCAGGAAGAGAAGCAGCUCGCCGAGGAGGCAUUCACUACAGAGGUGAAGCUCACCAUCGGCGACCUCGCCCAGGAGACCUCUGAGUUUGAAGAGCAACCCCCUCAGAAGCAGCCGGAAGAGCCGGUCCAGCAGUUCGAAGAAGAACUCAAUAAACUCCAGAUUGAAGAACCACAAACUUUCUCAGACGAUCCACUGCAAGUGAAGGAACAGCCAGAGGGAUACAAGCAGGUUCCGAGCAACCUUGACCUCCAGUUGUUUGACCCCGACAUGGACUACAAGUUGAAUCCUGACGCCAAAGAAUUUGUCCCAGUGCACUCGCCCACAAGGGAAACCUUCCCAACCUCGACCACUCCUCUCAGUCCGGACGCUCCCAACUUUGAGCCCCUGGUCGAGCACAACCCCAUUGAUCUUGUCACCACCUCAGCCGUCGCCAACGACCUCUUUGGCCUGAACGGCUUCGAAGCAGACAGACCCAACUUCCAGGAAGAUCUGAACCCCUUCACCAUGGACAAUUCUCCCUUUCAGGUGGAGAACUCUGUGCAGAUGGCUUCGCCCUCCUACGGAGUGGUCGAAGCUCCCAGCUUUGCUGUGCUGGAAACUGUUGGCACCCCUGACGCUCCGGUCAUUGCUCCGAUCCCAGAGGCUGUGGCUUGGCCCUCUGAGGCAGAAAUGGAGGCUGAAGGACCUCAGACGAUGGUGGACGAACUUUUGCUGGAAGCUGCCCCUCUAUCUCCUGUCAAGGACGACUUCGGUCCUCCUGCUGGACUGGCCGAGGUGCCUCAGUCGCCUGUGAAAGAGGAAGAAGUUCAGCCUCUCACCCUGGACUUUGCCCUAGACCAGCCACCAACCUUGGCCGAAACUCCAAUUUCGCCUGCCAAGGACGAUUUCCUCGUCUCCCCAGUGCAGGAGGACUUGCCGGCUUUACCGGUGCAGGUCGAGUCACCCUAUCAAGAGGAGAAGAUUGUCAUUUGUCCCGUUUGGCCUAAAUCUCCUGAUACAGAACCAGUGUCUUUGCUCAUGGAGGAACAGCCCAAGGAUGAAACUUUGCAGCCUGACCUGCUUGAAAUUGUGAGCCAGAAAAUUGCUGCCGUUCCUGAACCAGAGCCUGUGAAAGAGGAGAUUUUGAUCCCUGAGGAGGUCAAGACGGUCGAGGAGGAAAAACCAGUAAUUGAAGAGGAAAUAGUAGAAGUCGCUCCUUCUGCCCCAGUGCAAUCGGAGCUUGAACUGAAAAUCCAGGAAGAUGAACCUAAAGUGAAUGACUCGCUGACAGAGGCCACGGCUAAUCUCAAGAUUGACACUCCAGAGGAAAAUAAGGUACUGGAGGCAGCCGUUGUCGCUGGAGCGGCCACCGCUGUUGCUGCGGCUGCGGCAACCGUGGCCGCCACCUCGCCCAAGAAGACAACAGACUCCAAGGCGCCACCGACCAAAAGAGCCUCACCCACUAAACCAGCAAGUCCAACCAAAUCCGCAAGUCCCACCAAGCCCGCCAGCCCUCUGAAGGCGGCCAGCCCCACUAAACCAGCUCCAUCGGCGGCCAAACCAGCGGCCAAAACCACCACAAGCAAGCCUGCCACCACAGCUGCUGCUUCGACCACUCCCAGGAAACCUUCGGUGACUGCAAAGACUCCUCCUAGCAAGCCCGCAACCCCCAGACCGGCCCCUGUGGCCGCCGCCAAACCGACCACCACCACAGCGGCCGCGGUCAGAAAGACCUCUGCAAGCACCACGGCCACUGCUAGACCCAAACCAACAUCCACCACGGUCACCAGCACCGUCAAGGUCACUCUGACAGCCAACAAACCAGCAGCGGCCAAACCGGCCUCCACCUUGGCGGCCAAACCCAGGCCCGCUUCUGCCACUGGAACUGCCAAAGCGGCCACCAACGGAGACGUGCCUAAAACCACAGCAGCUAAACCGGCGGCCACGAAGCCCGCCGCGGCCAAACCUGCGGCCACCAGGACUACAACCGCUUCUCCCAAACCGGCCGCCCCGACAGCCAGACCCUCGAGCAGGACCACCCCAACAGUCUUGAACGGCGUUGCGGCCAAGAUGACCAACAGACCAGCCUCGGCCACUUCAAACUCCGUGGCCGCGGCCAGAAAGACUUCUUCGACCACAGAUGCGGCCGCCAGAAAAACUUCAGGCACAGACGCGGCCGCCAGGAAGACCUCGGCCGGAACAAGGCCGGGAUCACGAAACACCGGCACGGCCAGGCCUGCCGCGGCCACCAAGACGGCCCCUGCGGCCAAAACCUACUCAACGGCCCCGAAGCCAGUGACCAAGACAGGCGCAAACAAGCCGGCGGCCAAGACGGAAGUCAAGCCUGAGGAGCAGCCGGCCGAAGUGGUGGUGGCCAAGGAGGAGGCGGCGGCGGCCGUCGUGGAGGAGCCCAAGGUCAACGGCAACCACGUCGAGGUGGCCGAGCUGAUUUGAGAACGUCACGUUUUAUUUACAGAGACAGAGACUUGCUGCAUUUAGUGCAUCUUAUUUUUAUUUUACAAUCAUUGAUUAUCUUAUUUAGUAAUUUAAGGUGCUUUUGUUGAAUUUAUCCUUGAUCAGCACAAAAAGAUGAGAAAAAUUGUUUACUAUUACCACGAAAAUGCGUUUCUCCUCUCGAACCGUUUUCCUCGCCCCCUUUUUAUCUCAAGUUUAGCGUUUAUAUUGUGAUAAGUUGUGAGCAAAUAGUCGACGAAAAAACAGCCUGUCUAAGGUGCCUUGUGUCUCUCCUGCUCCUAUCUGCUCUCACUUGCUUCCCAAAAUCACACACACACAACCACACUCUUCGUACUCUCCUUUAGUUUAAAAAUGUACUCCCCUCUCGUGCGUAAGAUGAUUAUUUAUGAACUCUGAAUUUUUAACGCAGUGUAAAACUCGAUUUCAAGUGUAAUCAAACGUAAAAUUUUGGAAUUCGCGUUUCUUUUGAAUGUGAUAAGCGAAUAUACUUCUUUAAAGUAUGAAUACAUUUGUAAAACAUUAAAAAAAAAAUGUUCGUUUUAUUUAAAAACCA